AUGGCUUCCCCCGCGCUCGGAUCUCAGGUGGCCGCCGCAGCCUCGGUGCCCGUCGGUUCGGACUGUGUCUUCAAGGGCACCGCGCUCAAGGGUAACACUAAUCUAACCUUCCGGAGCAAACCAUGCAUUGGGAUGACAUUAGCAUGGAAAAACAAAGCCCAGCAAUCACGACAUCUGAACAAGGUCUUCUGCAUGUCUGUUCAACAAGCAAGCAGAAGCAAAGUUGCUGUUAAUCCCGUUGAGCUGGAGAAUGCAAAGGAGCCACCACUCAACUUAUACAAACCAAAGGAACCUUACACGGCCACAAUUGUCUCAGUUGAGAGGAUUGUAGGACCCAAAGCUCCAGGUGAAACAUGCCAUAUUGUCAUUGAUCAUGGUGGCAAUGUUCCAUACUGGGAAGGACAGAGUUAUGGUGUCAUUCCUCCAGGAGAGAAUCCAAAAAAACCUGGAUCUCCAAAUACUGUUAGGCUCUAUUCAAUUGCUUCUACAAGAUAUGGUGAUUCUUUUGAUGGAAAGACAACAAGCUUAUGUGUUCGUCGUGCUGUUUAUUAUGAUCCUGAAACUGGAGAGGAAGACCCCUCAAAGAAUGGUAUCUGCAGUAACUUCCUGUGUGACUCAAAACCAGGGGACAAAGUUCAGAUCACAGGCCCCUCAGGCAAAAUAAUGCUUCUUCCCGAGGAUGAUCCAAAUGCGACUCAUAUAAUGAUUGCCACAGGGACUGGUGUUGCUCCUUACCGUGGCUACCUACGUCGUAUGUUCAUGGAAGAUGUCCCAACUUUCAAAUUCAGUGGUCUGGCCUGGCUCUUCCUAGGCGUGGCUAACUCUGACAGCAUUCUCUAUGAUGAAGAGUUCACAAACUACCUUCAGCAGUAUCCAGACAAUUUCAGGUAUGACAAAGCACUAAGCAGGGAGCAGAAGAACAAGAAUGGUGGCAAGAUGUACGUGCAGGACAAGAUUGAGGAGUACAGCGAUGAAAUCUUCAAGCUGCUAGAUGGCGGUGCGCACAUCUACUUCUGCGGUUUGAAGGGGAUGAUGCCAGGGAUCCAGGACACGCUCAAGAGGGUGGCUGAGCAAAGAGGUGAUAGUUGGGACCAGAAGCUGUCACAGCUGAAAAAGAACAAGCAGUGGCACGUGGAGGUUUACUAG